UUAGGACCUUCAUUUGGUUACACUCCUUCACAUCCAACUACAAUGGAUCCUAAUGGCACUUCUUAUCAUCAUGUUGCUUCUCAAUCAAAUCCAGAUGCUCAUCAUCUUGCUGCCAUUAACGCGCAUAAUAAGCAAGCUAUGAAUAUCUCUUCAAAUAAUCCUCAUCCUAGUAAUAUUAAAUCCUUACUUUCCCCACCAGAAUCUCCCGAUAUGGCUACCUCACAUCAACAAUCUUUAUUCGAUUCUUACGGAGCUCAAGUUCAAAGACAUGACGUAUCUCAACAUCAACAAUGUAGUUGUUACGCUAAUAAACCUUCCUCAGUUUAUUCAACAUCCGCUCCAGUAAUGAAUACUUACCAUCAACAACAUUCCGUAUCUAAUUAUAAUCCUUAUAUACAGCCAGUUCAAAGAUAUUCUUCAUUCACUUCAGCCAUUCAACAAAUUCCAAUCCCUUCUUAUGACCGUAAAUCUACCAUAUCCCCACAUUCUCUUACACGAUUAAAUACUCCAACCAUGGGAUUACCGUUACCAGCCAAAUUCGGUCAAAAAGGUCUUGUAGGACAAAUAUUACCAAGCGGAUCAGGAAAUAGAUAUCAAUGUCCAUAUUGUUCAAAGAGAUUUUCACGUCCAAGUUCACUUCGAAUUCAUAUUUAUUCACACACAGGUGAGAAACCUUUUGUAUGUACAGAACCUGGAUGUGGAAGAAAAUUCUCCGUACAAAGUAAUAUGCGACGACAUCUUAGAGUUCAUCGUUUAGGAAGACCUGUCAAGAAAACUAGAUACGAUGGUGAAGUAGAAGGCGUAAAAAUAUUGAACCCAACAGCAAUACUUCAAAGUUAUUAAACCAGUUUGGUACUCUAAAAAGAUUUAUUAUUUUUUUUUAUUAUCGUAAAUUUCUUUUUUUAAUAUAUAUGUACAAUACAUUUAGUUUAAUUAAACGGACAUUUUAUUUUUCUUUUUUCUUUUUCUUUUUUUUCGUCAUUUUCAUUUUUUUUUCUUUUCUUUUCAGAUAUGGGUGGGAACAAACGCGUAUGUUUCGAUAAAUUUAAAUUUUUUCGAAUCAAAAUUUCCUUUUUUAUUUUUAUUAUAAAAAUUUGGAUCUUCCCUUAUUUUUUCUUUUUUUUCUUAAGAAAUAAGAAAGAAGAAAGAAAAAGUUAAGAUUUAAACCUGUAACAGUAUCAGAACAAAAAAAGAUACCCUUUUCUAAAAAAAGGUCUCGCUUGACCUUUUUUUUUUUU